AUGAUCGUCAUAGGCAAUACAUUCAUACUGUCGAAAAUCAGACUGUAUGCUUUCUUUCAGCGAUUCAAGCGGACUGCCCAUGGCACCUCCUUAGCCAAGGCUGACGACAGUAAACCGGGAUCUAACAGAAAUCGCUACUUUGCCUGCGAAUUUCUCGCGGAGAAAGGAAUUGCAAGCGCGAUCUGGUUUCAGGAUCUGUUGGCUCUCCAUGGCAGCGAUACCCAGGUCUUCGACUUACACCUUCUGGUUCACGACCCCGCCAAGGCUGCUGCAUUCUUUACCCAAGCUGAAUAUUCAAUGAUAUCUGUCGAAUGGACUUUUGAGGACGAUCCCGAGUUCAGCGAACGUGGGAUCAGGCUAUCUUCUCCAGAUUCCAAGACAGUAGUUUUCCUUCUACCAUGCCAAGACUGGUACUACGAUUUAGACGACAGUGUUGAAAACUAUCUCCCUGCUCUUCAUACAUUUCUAGACUCAAUGAUUGAGUUCUGGCUCAAUAUAUCUUCACGCGCCUAUGUCGACAGACUGCGCUUUGCGCUCUGGGUCGCGUGUCUGAUCGGCUAUUGCUACGCUCUUACAGACUCCGAUGGUAGCCCUGUCAAAGAGGCCCUCUACGCGAAGCGCCUUAAGAUAGAACAUCGUGAAGUUCACUAUCAUAUUGUUUCCAAGGAACAGACAGAGGUAUUUACUACGACGAACCAACACCAAUACCAUAUGAGAAGGUAUCGCGAGAUCAAAGAAGGAACAUUCGUCCCUAGUCCUUACAAAAAGGGCGUCCACAAGGCGUCUCUUACCGCCAUACUCGAGCAAUGA